CCCGUAUGGCUGGUGGCUUACCCCACAGUGGCUAAAAUGCAACCGAGGCUCAAGUCUUGGGGCCGGACAUCGCCAAAACAUGUACUGGAGCAAGAAAUUGGCAGAUUCACUCGCCAGGACUGAACAAUCGCAAUCACCUGCUCGUCUGUUCAGAACAAUAUCCUACUGCAGUCCAUCCCAGACUGUUGCCAUCCUGAGCAUAACACUUUGAGCAAGCACUUCCUGCUGGGCUUGCAACAAUGCGACCUUUCGAGAAGACUAUCGAGGCGGCCUGUGCUGCGGAGGAGAUCCCAGGGGCCGUCCUCCUCGCGACAGAUCGUCAUGGCAAAUUCACCUAUGGCAAGGCAUUUGGAAAGCGCUCAGUCCGCGAGGGAGCCGACCAGUCUCCCCUCAAACCAGAUGCCGUGAUGUGGAUAGCAUCAUGCACCAAGGUCGUCACCUGCAUCGCCGCCAUGCAGUGCUGCGAGCGAGGCCUCCUGAGCCUGGACGGCCCCAUCUAUGACAUCCUGCCGGAGCUCAAAGACCUGCCCGUAAUCAGGGGCUUCAACGACGACGGCAGCCCGAAGCUGGUGCCGCACAAAAACACAAUGACCCUGCGGCACCUGCUCACGCACUCGUCUGGCUUCGCAUAUGACGAAACGCACCCCAAACUGCUCGCCUGGCACGCCUGGCACCGCACCAAGCCUAGCUUCACGGGCAACUCGGUCGAGGCGCAGCACGGCUACCCGCUCGUCUUCGAGCCCGGGGAGUCAUGGUGCUACGGCGCGGGGAUCGACUGGGCCGGUGUCGCCGUCGAGCGGGCAUGCGGUGGGACCACACUACAGAAGUACUUUGAGGACAACAUAUUCAACCGCGUCGGCGCAAGGGACAUCGUCUUCUCGAGCCACAUGCACACGAGGCCGGACCUGCAGGCCCGGAUGGCCGACAUGAGUAAGCGUGAUCCAGAGAAUCCGAGUAAGGUCAAGCGUAGCAACGCGAAGCUGCAGUUUAAUGCGCGUGGUGGGUGUUUCGGCGGCUCGGGCAUGUUUGCGAGCCCGACGGACUAUCUCAAGGUGCUCAAGGGUAUGCUCACGAGCGACACAGACGAGACUCUGCUCAAAAAGGAGAGUGUAGCUGAGUUCUUCCGGCCGUGUCUGUCUUCCAAGGCGAAGGCCGAGCUCAACAAGCUGCUCCGAAUCAAAGAGGUGCGGGACGGCAUGGGGAAUAUUCCCGAGAGUGUGAGCAAGGAUUGGUCACUUGGUGGCAUAAUCAAUGAGGGUGAUGUGCCAGGAGGUAGGCUUGCGGGGACCAUGACAUGGGGCGGCCUGCCAAAUCUGGUAUGGUGGUGUGAUCGCAAGGCUGGGCUCUGUGCGCUCUACGCCGGCCAGCUCCUUCCACCAGCGGAUGCAAGAAUGGCCGAGCUUUGUGGCUUGUUCGAAGAAGGUCUCUACAAGAUGCGAGAGGCGGCUGCUGCAAAGCUCUAGCUGUAUGUCAAGGGGAACUUUGUAGGGCUGGAACACCACGUGCUCGUGCCAUAGAAUCAUUUACAUAGCCUGGUGUCCCCACACCAGUUGCCGCAACCUCUCCUUUUGGGCCCCUGCGAAGGCAAUGCCGUGGUAAUCCCUGUAUUCUCUCCCCAAUAUAUAAUUCCGGAACAUUGAUCUUCGGGCGAUGGUCGUUCUGAUGUGUCUUUUCGAGUGUCGCACCAGCUAUCAUGCUGGCAGGACGGUCACGGCCUGGACUAGCGAUUGAAGGUCUGCUUCGACGUCACCCAAGCUUGAUGGGUUGAGCUAGCUUCUGGAGCCAUCGAGUCGGUUGCUGCCGCAAUGGUCUGGCAAAUGGUGCGGUUCUGUCCUUCUCGUGAUGACGAAACUGUUGUGGUUGGGUGGGGCCUUGUUGUGCCUGAACGUGUCUGAAAAGAACGGAUAUGUGCUCGAUGGGUGUCUCCGUAGUUUCAAAUGAAGAAGCGAGGUUUUAGAAUCG